GAACUUUUAAAGAUUACACCGCUCGGAAAUAGCUAAUCGUCGAUAUGAUCAUUAAUUUGAAAUUCACUUUGUGGUGCGUCCUUUUUGUCUCGCAAGUGUUCUUGGCAUCGUCUGCGGUGUCUUUUCGAAGGAGAGCAGAUAAAAUUCAUCUGAAGGACGGAAUAAAUAUCCAAGGAAUAUGGAAAAGCAAAAUGCAAUGGAAGGCCCAUUGGGUGAAACAUUGGGAAACAAGAUUGACAUGGGUGCCGGUCUGGAGAAAAGUGUGGGCACCAAUAGAAACCAAAGAAUGGGUACCAUUUCCACCACCACCGAAAUCGAGCCUCUAGAGAAAGCCAUAAUUUUAAGCAACUCGGUUUUCAACACACUCACCACUUAUAACUUAAGUUUAUAUAUGCUGAUGUUAAUUUUAGAUUCUGAAUCGAGACGAAGGAUCACCCAGUAACUUU